AUGCCGGUUGAAACGCCCGAGGGGCUCAGGUCACAGGUGCUGUCGAUGGCCAGCAGCGAUCCUUCAUUCGAUCCAAGCUUGGUUACACCCAGCACAGCCUUUUCUGCUUCCCCAAGCACACAAGCGCCUGCAGACGAAGCUGGCGAGAAGCAGCACACAGCAUCACCGUCCAGGCCUGCAGCUGAUGAACCUGCCAGCACCGCCGGGAGUGGGAGCUCUAGCAGCAGGCCAGCAAAGAGCGGCUCCACUGCAAAGGGGGAUGGAGGCUUGAAGGGCUUCGGCUUGCAACUGCUGGGCUCGUCUCAGACGAGGCUUUUCAUACUGCACAGUGCCCUGCUGUUGCUAGGCCUGGGCGUGGUGCAGCCUCUGAGCGGGCUGCUGUCAUACCGCGCGUGGCGUUGGUUCCUGGCAAUAUCAGUGCUGUCCCACGGAUACAAAUUGUCCCUGAAGCAUGGGCGGCCGACGCUGCGGCCAUUUCCGGCGGCUCUGAAGGCCUGGUUUGUACCGGUGGCCACCAGCACCGAUUUCCAGUACCUUCUUCUCAGCUUCAUGUUCCUGCAGACGCGCCCCAUGACCCUGGUUGUGGUGCCCAUUUGGGUGCUGGCCCUGUACCACUUCUUCGCCUACGCAUCCCAGCACUUCAGCAGCAACCCACUGUGGGUCAAGUACGGUGCUGAUGCGCACAGAUUCCUGUCUGCCAACCAGGGCCAGGCGCUGGUGUUCAAUGCCGGGGCGGAGAUUGGCGCGGGCCUGCUGCUGCUGCUGGGCCUGCUCACACCGGCGCGCUCCAUAAUGCUCACCUUCAUCUACUGGCGCAACUUCCUGCCUGCCCGCUACAACACCCCCGACUCCUCUGCCUACCACCGCCAGGCUUGGGGCAUGCUGGCAGAGAGAGCUGCACCGGUGCUGCGAGCGGUGCCCAUGCUGCAAGUACCCAUCAGCUACAUCAAGAGGGGCUUUGCUGCGCGAUGAGAUGGAUAUGGAGGUACAGAGCUGUGAAGGAAUUCAUGGGCAAGGGAACUUAAAUUUCCAUAUCAGCGACGUCUGUUGCGUGCGCAGUUUUGCAGCUUCAAUGAAAGGUGUUUGUCUGGCAUGCAUGCUCUGACAGCUUGUCGUUUGUGCUUGAUUUGGGUUUUAUGUUGAGGCGCUGCCCUUGGCGUGACUUGAUGCGCCACGUGGCAUGACAUGCAUGCAAAUGCAAACCAGUACGAUAGCGAGAUAUAAUGACAUGCAUGUGGAUAAUUUACCUGCAGCUGUAACAACCAAUU